ACCAACGUUGAGUUACAGCCAGCGCUUCAGACGGCUGGCUGAUUGCCGCUUGACGCUUCAAUUUGGUUAGAUCAACAGUGACGUUCAUCCAAGGGACCCUCCCUGUUCUCGCCUUAGCGCCAGGGAUGUGACGCGCUGGCACACAUAUGGUGUUCUCAUCGUGACCUUUUAUCUUGGCAUAAACUUGAGUGGGCUUCGCGUAUUUUGGUUGUGAUUUAGUGAGAUUAAGUCUUCGGAGAAGGCGUCGAAACAAAGGAGCUAAGAGAGGUGAAGAUGUGGCAACUAGUGCUGAGAGAGAGUUUUCUGCUUCUGAAUGAUGUUGUUGGCUCGUCGUUACCUUAGUGUUUGUGUUGCAUCGAAAUUCGGGGUGUGUUAUAGUACUGACGAAUGACAAGGAAGGUGAUUUUGAUGACUGAUAGAUAGGAAGGGACGAGGCUACCAUGAUCAAAUUGAGUAUGAUAAUGCAAGCACUGUUGACCUACAUAGAAGCGAAGUAAAGAUAAUCUGUUAUGAGAUUAGAGUCAUAAAGAAUAACCUCCAGGUCUGUCGAAGCUCUUAAGACAUUCGACUUCGUGGAGACUCUGUUUGGGAAAGAGCCUGCGUUAAGCACGGUACCUGAUUGGACCACAGUUCACGAACCGCCACAGCACGCUAGCCACAUGUGGCGCGAUGAUGACAGGAAAUAACCGUCACCAAGAAUUCGUGAGGAUUUCGUCUCCUCCAAACUUUCAAAUCGCGACGCCAAGCGUCUGUCGCGCGUCAUAUUCGAGGCGUUCCGUAUAUUACCUGUAUGGUUUACAGUCGGUUUCGCUGUUCUUAGGCUUCCCUCGAUGAGCCCAGUAGCUCUCGAGCGCCAUUUCCCCCUGGCCAAUGUCUCGGAGGCCUAGGCAUUGGCUAUUUGAGCCAGGAGGCAUGAUGUUAUUGGUGUGGGUGCAGCUCUUGAUCUGGGCCUCACUAUCAUGGACGGCUCAAGCAAUGCGGCAGGACCACCUUGUGCGGUUACGCCAACAAACAGUCGAUAUGUUCUAUCAUGGCUUUGGCAAUUACAUGAAAUAUGCAUUUCCUGAGGAUGAGCUUCGACCUUUGACGUGCUCGCCCCUGACCCGAGACCGAGAAAAUCCCGCCCAUAUCGGACUGAACGAUGCCCUAGGAAAUUACUCCCUUACACUCAUUGAUAGUCUAUCGACACUUGCGAUCCUCGCCGGAGGACCCGAAGAUGCGUCAGGGACAGGGUCGAAAGCUCUGAGCGAUUUCCAAGAUGGAAUAGCGGAUUUUGUGCGAUACUAUGGUGAUGGACGACCAGGUGUUUCGGGCCAGGGCAUUCGAGCGACUGGAUUUGACCUGGACAGCAAGGUUCAGGUUUUUGAGACCGUAAUACGUGGAUUGGGUGGCCUUCUCAGUGCGCAUCUUUUUGCCAUAGGAGAACUGCCUAUCAACGGGUAUACUGUGCAGCCAGCCUGGGCGACUCAGGCGGACGACCCCCUUGAACUGGCGCCUAUAACCUGGCCGAAUGGUUUCAAAUACGAUGGUCAACUUUUAAGGCUGGCCCUCGAUCUUGGACAAAGGCUUCUCCCAGCAUUUUACACAGACACUGGCAUCCCAUAUCCUCGGGUCAAUCUUCGACAUGGGAUUCCUUUCUAUACAAACUCGCCCCUUUUUCGUCACAUGGAGAGCAAACCUGAGACUGCUUCAGGGGAGAUCACCGAGACUUGCAGUGCCGGCGCUGGAAGUCUUACCCUAGAGUUCACAGUUCUCAGUCGUUUAUCAGGAGACGUUCGAUUCGAGCAAGCGGCCAAGAGGGCUUUCUGGGCAGUCUGGGGACGAAGGAGUGAAAUUGGACUCGUCGGUAACGGCCUGGACGCAGAGGGUGGGCAGUGGAUAGGGCCACACGCCGGGAUUGGUGCUGGUAUGGAUAGCUUCUUCGAAUAUGCUUUGAAGAGCCAUAUCCUGCUUUCAGGACACGGCAUGCCCAACAAGUCGACCACUAGUCGACAGAGCAGCACUGAGUGGCUCGACCCCAACGUCCUCCACCCUCCUCUGCCUACCGAGCUACAGACCUCUGAGGCGUUCUUGGAUGCAUGGCAUCAGGCACACGCCUCUGUCAAGCGAUAUUUGUACACCGACAGAAGUCAUUACCCAUACUACUCGAAUAAUCAUCGCACAACUGGGCAACCAUAUACUAUGUGGAUUGAUAGCUUGGGUGCCUUCUACCCUGGUCUGUUAGCUAUGGCUGGCGAGGUCGAUGAAGCCGUAGAGGCAAAUCUUGUUUAUACUGCUCUCUGGACGCGUUAUGCUGCUUUGCCUGAGCGGUGGUCUGUCCGCGAAAACACUGUUGAUCAGGGGCUCGGUUGGUGGCCAGGCCGUCCCGAGUUCAUAGAGUCAACAUAUUAUAUAUACCGUGCCACACAAGACCCAUGGUACUUGCAUGUCGGAGAAAUGGUUCUUAAAGACAUUGAGCGACGAUGUCGUGCGCCAUGUGGAUGGGCUGGUCUUCAAGACGUGAGAACAGGAGAGCUCUCUGACCGCAUGGAGAGCUUCUUCCUUGGUGAAACAACAAAGUACAUGUACCUCCUCUUCGACCCAGACCAUGCUCUCAACAAGGUUGAUGCUGCGUUUGUCUUUUCUACGGAGGGUCACCCCCUUAUUAUCCCCAAGCGCAGCCGUCAGAAGCCGACUCGACGACAUUCAUUAUCGAAACGUGUCGUAUCCAAGAACGACACAAUUGAUGAGAGCUUCACGCACUCAUGUCCGGUACCUACAGUUCCAGGUCUUUCCGGGUCAGCUACGGCUGCUCGUCCUGACCUUUUCAGUGUCGCACUAUUCGUGGACUUGCACAAUACUCCCAAUGUCCAUGGACCCCUUGAAGCCGUAGAAGUCUUCGAUCGGAAGAAAGGGCAUGUAACGAGAUAUAGAGCUAAAACCAAUCACACAAUGUUUCCAUGGACGUUACCGCCAACAAUGCUACCGCAUGACGGCGUAUGCGCCGCGCCCGUUGAGCGCGUCAUGACAUGGAUAGAGUUUCCACCCGGUGACACGGCAAGCUCGCUUGUGUCUCGUUUCGGGACGUCUCUCGUGUGGUACAGCCACAACGGACCAACGGUCCGCAACCUUGAUGGCAUGCGGCUUCAAUUGGAACAGCAGAAGGGCGGUAAGGGUGCAGAUCGAUCCUGGAGAAUUACACACGCAGCAAGUAGAGAGCUUGGUCGUCACGAGAAUGUCUUCUUUCAUGCAGAGCAUGUGAGAUCUUACAAAGACGAUGCAUUUACUUGUAUUCGACGAAAGGACAUCGUUGAGAUUGACCUUCUCCUCGAUACACCAGAGAAGUCGAAUGCCAGUGCUCCAGCACCCGCCCAGGGCGUCAACGUAUCCAGUGAGAUUCUUCCGAGUCAUGCGGCUCUUCCUUCGGAAUCGCUCCUCAAGUCGCUUCUCCGUGCCGUGAGCUCCGUCUUUGAACCCGCAUAUACCGAUCUCCCGGAGACGGAGACGGAUGGUCCCGGCCCCACUAUACUCCGUUGGACGGCCUACACAUCUACCGGCCCCGGCGCUUUUCCUCUGCCGCCCAUUACCGACACACCGAUGGUCGGUUCACCCAGCUACAACUCCCGCAAGCCCGUAGCCAACUUUCCUUGGAAAACCGUCUUCCUCGGUGGUGAAGCAUGUGGUGCCCCCUUGCCCGAGUCAUCGUCUCGCCAACAUCAAAUAAUUGUCAUUCGUCGCGGCGGCUGCUCAUUCAGCGAAAAGUUAGAGCGCAUACCUAGCUUUCCGGCCUCGCCACACACACUACAACUUGUGAUUGUCAUUGACGAGGGUGAUGACUCAGAAGAAGGCCCUGAUGAGAUUGUUCGCCCCCUGCUGACCACGGCGCAAGUGACACCCCGAGGCAUGGGGCGGCUCAACGGUGUGCCUCUCGUUCUCAUGCGUGGAGCUAAGGGUGAUUAUGAACGUUUCGGUGAGGCUAAGGGUGUAGGCAUGCGGCGCAAGUACGUGGUGGAGAGUCAAGGGAUGUUGAUAGAGAACGCCAUUGUCUUAUAACGAGCGCAUAGAGUUCAUAUGCAUGUCUCGGAGUUAUUUUGGUGGCUUUUAUCGUCAUUUUUGUAUAUUGCUGUUUUUGAUAGCGUACGAUACCUUCAGGCUUUGAGGGAAAUAGGGGAUAGAUGUCUCUUUGUAUGAUACGUUUAACAACCAAAGCCUUGCUUGUAAGCUCAACUUGAGAUUUAUAAACCUGACCUAGAGACCUACUCAUAAUCUCAAGAAUUCUAAUCAUAGCUGUAGGUGGUAUGAUGCCCUUGCAAGGCAUGUAAUUAUUGUCUCAUGAUGGCAAAGCAGCCAGAAGGUGGGCAGAUAAUACUGGCAUUUAUGAUUAUUAGUUUGCGAUUUUUCUUUAUAUGGCUAUAUCAAGGUAUCCUCCAAAAACCCCAUUCUAUAUGCGCGAACCCGAAAAGACUUUUGCUGUUGUUGAGUCGUGAAAAAGCCAUCCACAAAACGCCAACCAAUAUAGAUCUCACUUAGUAAAAUAAGUGAAUUGCUGUAAAAUUUGGUCACUACCGCCGCCAACACUUCGAAAACAAAUAGAGCAAAAACAGACUCUCCAGGUCUAACAAAACUUCUCACAAAUGCGCCGCGAUGAGGCACACCAGAGCUAAUUGACGUCGAUCUAUGGCCCGGCAUCGCUUUAUCGCUGGAAGUGGGAUCGAAAAUAGAGGAAGCCUGGCAUCAGCCACUUAAGCAUCUUCAAGAAGAAUCUUGACAGGAGCAGUGCCGAGCUUCUCUUGGCCGUUUAGGCCAGGGAUCUCAAGAAUAAACAAGUAUCCAAUGACCUCGCCCUUGAGCUGCUGGACGAGUUCAGCUGCAGCCUUUGCAGAACCACCUGAUGAUUCAUGUCAGUUACGGUCCCAUACGCCUCAAGCAUACUGCUUUGCAAACAGAUUUACUCACCCGUAGCAAUGAUGUCGUCCACAAUAAGGACCUUCUGGCCCUCACGGACGGCGUCUUCUUGCAUCUGGAACAGAUCCUUGCCAUACUCUUUCACGUACUCAGCGGUAGCGCAAGGUCCAGGGAGCUUGCCCUGCUUGCGGACAGCAGCAAAAGAAACACCGAGACGGAGCGCAAGACCAGGGCCGAAGAGGAAGCCACGGGCGUCAAGGCCUACGAUAACAUCAGGCUUGGUGGGGAAAGCCUCGGCGAUCUGAAGUUCGAGAGCAUCGACAAGGGUGGCAUGGGCGGUUGGGUCGGCGAAGAGAGGCAUAAUAUCGACAAAGUUGAUACCCGGGAUAGGGAAGUCGGGGAAGCUUCGCAGCGACUUGCGCAGGCUUAUCUUUGCACCGGAGAGUUCGGAGGAACCGGCGGCGGAGGAGGAGGGCUGUCGUCCCGAGGCAUCUUGGCUAGCGACAGCGGUAGACGUGGUGUUGUUUAUCGCUGAGGAUGAGUUGGUAGAGGGGAGGGGUUCUUGAGCGCUCAUUGUGGAGGGAAGAAGAGAGAAGGAGAAGAGAGAGAGGGAAGAGGCAGGGUAGAAGAAGGGGUGGGAGGGUCGGUAAAAAGAAGGAAGGAAUAAGGGGAGAAGGAGAAAAGAGACGAGGGAUACAGGGCAAGUUGGGAAAGGGUGAGCGGAGGCAGUUGCCAGGCACAAGGAGUGGUUUUUUUCCCUGGUAGGCACCUCAGGUAAGGAAGGUAGUCGGUGGUCAAGCCGCGUCGGAAGAAGUAGUUACAGUGGUUUAGUGGUAGGCGGAAAGAGAGUACGAACGAGGUACGUGCUCCGUCUACGUGAGUUACUUGGCUGAUUUAGUACCCGACGGGCAAAACAGUAAGAGGCAGGUACAAGCACAAUGGAAGGGUUUAACGUAAUUUUGUUUUGGCUGCGAAGGACAGGGCUGCCGAAAGACGGAUGCGCAACUUCAGUGGUAUUGACGAUGAGGAAGGAGGGGUGCAACUUAGGCAUGCCGCAGGCGUGCGAGGGCUUAGUGGGGGAAUGGCGGGCAGGUACGAUUGAACGAUUGGGAGCGAGGAGGAGGGGAACCCGACAGGGUCCCAUUGAUUUGGAAGCCUUUCAAGGGGUGCAAAUGGAAAAUGCGAGGUGGGGGAGGGGGAAAAUUUUGUUAACUUUUUUUUCCUUUCCGAAACUCUCAGCAGCGGCAGCGAUGGAUUUCAGCAAAAUUCUGGCCGCUGAGUCGGAUACAGAAGCCUUUUGGUGAUCAAUGCCCAGCGCCAGCGCCCAGGACCCAGCCAAGGGGGGGCAAGAAAACUUGGGACAAAUGACAAAAAGACGAGAUAGGUUUAGUAUUUCCUAAUAGGCCUAAAGAUUGGUUAAUUUUGGCACCUUAGUUUAAAGUCAGAAGUUUUCUUGCUCCCUGGGUCCAGCACGCACCAUCGAGCCCAGCAGUGCCUAACAUGGAGUUAAUUGUGGGGAGGCUCAGAUCCGUGGAUGUUUCCUGAUACCCACUUGUUGCUAUCUGUGAUAAUCGGCACCUAGACUUAGGG